CUGCACCAGGUACAACAACUGGACCAGUAACAACAACUGCACCAGGUACAUCAACUGCACCAGGUACAACAACUGGACCAGUAACAACGACAGGACCAGCUACAACGACUGGACCAGUAACAACAACUGCACCAGGUACAACGACUGGACCAGUAACAACAACUGCACCAGGUACUACAACUGGACCAGUAACAACGACAGGACCAGCCACAACAACUGGACCAGCAACAACAACGGGACCACAAACAACAACAGGACCAGCUACAACAACGGGACCACAAACAACAACAGGACCAGCUACAACAACUGGACCAGCUACAACAACGGGACCACAAACAACAACUGGACCACAAACAACUACUGGACCAAUUACAACAACUGCACCAGGUACAACGACUGGACCAGUAACAACAACUGCACCAGGUACUACAACUGGACCAGUAACAACGACAGGACCAGGUACAACAACUGGACCAGUAACAACAACUGGACCCGUAACAACAACUGCACCAGGUACAACAACUGGACCAGUUACAACAACUGGACCAGGAACAACAACUGGACCAGCUACAACAACGGGACCACAAACAACUACUGGACCAGUUACAACAACUGCACCAGGCACAACGACUGGACCAGUAACAACAACUGCACCAGGUACUACAACUGGACCAGUAACAACGACAGGACCAGCUACAACAACUGGACCUGCUACAACAACGGGACCACAAACAACUACUGGACCAGUUACAACAACUGCACCAGGUACAACGACUGGACCAGUAACAACAACUGCACCAGGUACUACAACUGCACCAGUAACAACAACUGCACCAGUAACAACAACUGGACCAGUAACAACAACUGGACCAGUAACAACAACUGCACCAGGUACUACAACUGGACCAGUAACAACAACAGGACCAGCUACAACAACUGGACCAGCAACAACAACUGGACCACAGACAACAACAGGACCACAAAGAACUACUGGACCAGUUACCACAACUGGACCAGGAACAACAACUGCACCUGGAACAACAACUGGACCACAAACAACUACUGGACCAGCUACAACAACUGGACCAGGUACAACAAGUGGGCCAGUUACAACAACUGGACCAAUUACAACAACCGGACCAGGAACAACAACUGGACCACAAACAACAACUGGACCAGGUACUACAACUGGACCACAAACAACAACUGGACCAGCCACAACAACUGGACCAGUUACAACAACUGGACCAGUUACAACAACUGGACCAGGAACGACAACUGGACCAGUAACAACAACUGGACCAGGCACAACAACUGCACCUGGUACAACAACUGGACAAGUAACAACAACUGGACCAGGCACAACAACUGCACCUGGAACAACAACUGGACCACAAACAACUACUGGACCAGCUACAACAACUGGACCACAAACAACUACUGGACCAGCUACAACAACUGGACCACAAACAACAACAGGACCAGUAACAACAACAGGACCAGUAACAACAACUGGACCCGGCACAACAACUGGACCAGUAACAACAACUGGACCAGUAACAACAACUGGACCACAAACAACAACUGGACCAGGUACAACAACUGGACCAGUAACAACAACUGGACCAGGUACAACAACUGGACCAGGCACAACUGGACCAGGAACAACAACUGGACCAGGCACAACAACUGCACCUGGUACAACAACUGGACAAGUAACAACAACUGGACCAGGCACAACAACUGCGCCUGGAACAACAACUGGACCACAAACAACUACUGAACCAGCUACAACAACUGGACCACAAACAACAACAGGACAAGUAACAACAACUGGACCAGGCACAACAACUGGACCAGUAACAACAACUGGACCACAAACAACAACUGGACCACAAACAACAACUGGACCAGGGACAACAACUGGACAAGUAACAACUACUGGACCAGGCACAACAACUGCACCUGGAACAACAACUGGACCACAAACAACAACCGGACCAGCUACAACAACGGUAUCAGGUACAACAACUGGACCAGAAACGACAACUGCACCAGGUA